AGAGUGACACGUCUUCACUCUUUUUCCUCCUCUUUGACCGGUCGGCUGACGUCGAGCUGCUGCCACGUCAUCGGACGCUCCGUCACCACCAACAACAUCAAACAUGGCGGCGUCCGUCCGGGAGAAGCAGGCGGUCGCUCUGAAGCGCAUGCUGAACUUCAACGCUCCUCCUCUGAAGAACACAACAGCGGAGCCAGUAUGGAAGGUGUUGAUAUACGACAGGUUCGGCCAGGACAUCAUCUCCCCGCUGCUGUCCGUCAAAGAGCUGAGAGACAUGGGCAUCACCCUGCACCUUCUGCUUCACUCAGACAGAGAUCCUAUCCCCGACGUUCCUGCCAUCUACUUCGUCAUGCCCACAGAGGAGAACAUCGACAGGAUAUGUCAGGACCUGAGGAACCAGCUGUACGAGUCAUACUUUCUGAACUUCAUCUCUGCAAUCAGUCGGAGUAAACUGGAGGACAUCGCCAGCGCCGCCCUGGCUGCUAACGCCGUCACCCAAGUCACCAAGGUUUAUGAUCAGUACCUCAACUUCAUCACUCUGGAGGACGACAUGUUCGUGCUCUGCCAUCAGAACAAGGAGCUCAUCUCGUACCACGCCAUCAACAGAGCAGACAUCCAGGACACAGACAUGGAGGCCAUCAUGGACACCAUCGUCGACUCGCUCUUCUGUUUCUUUGUCACGCUCGGUGCGGUGCCGAUCAUUCGCUGUCCCCGUGGAAACGCAGCAGAGAUGGUCGCCGUGAAACUUGAUAAGAAGCUCCGAGAGAACCUGCGGGACGCCAGAAACAGCCUCUUCACUGGAGACAACAUGGCUGCCGGACAGUUCAGUUUUCAGAGGCCUCUGUUUGUUCUGGCUGAUCGUAACGUGGACCUGGCCACACCCCUUCACCACACCUGGACCUAUCAGGCGCUGAUCCACGAUGUGCUGGACUUCCAGCUGAACAGGGUGGUGAUGGAGGAGGGCAUGGGGGCGGAGCCAUCUCCUGCCGGCGCCAGACCGAAGAAGAAGAACAGGAAGAUGUACGACCUGACCGCUGCCGACAAGUUCUGGCAGAAACACAAGGGCAGUCCGUUCCCAGAGGUGGCAGAGUCGGUCCAGGAGGAGUUGGACACUUACCGAGCGCAGGAGGACGAGGUCAAACGCCUGAAGAGCAUCAUGGGUUUAGAGGGAGAGGACGAAGGAGCCAUCAGCAUGCUGUCAGACAACACGGCCAAACUCACCUCUGCUGUCAGCUCUCUGCCCGAGCUGCUGGAGAAGAAACGACUGAUCGACCUGCACACCAACGUGGCCACAGCCGUCCUCGACCACAUCAAGAGUCGUAAACUGGACGUUUACUUUGAGUUUGAAGAGAAACUGAUGAGCAAGUCGACCUUAGACAAAUCUAUACUGGACAUCAUCAGUGACCCAGACGCCGGGUCCCCUGAAGACAAAAUGAGACUUUUCCUCAUCUACUAUAUCGCAGCUCAGCAGGUUCCUUCAGAGUCGGACUUGGAGCAGUAUAAGACGGCUCUGAUGGACGCCAACUGUGACCUUUCACCUCUGAACUACAUCAAGCAAUGGAAGGCGUUUGCAAAGAUGGCUGCAGCCCCGGCAAACUACGGCAACAGUGGAGUCAAACCGAUGGGGUUGUUUUCCAGAGUGAUGAACACAGGCUCCCAGUUUGUGAUGGAGGGAGUGAAGAACCUGGUGAUCAAACAGCAUAACCUUCCGGUCACUCGGAUCCUGGACAACCUGAUGGAGAUGAAGUCUCAUCCUGAAACAGACGACUAUCGAUACUUUGAUCCAAAGAUGCUGCGAGGCAGUGAGAGCUCCAUUCCCAGGAACAAGAACCCGUUUCAGGAGGCCAUCGUGUUCGUGGUCGGAGGAGGAAACUACAUCGAGUAUCAGAACCUGGUGGACUACGCUAAGAUGAAACAGGGGAAGAAGGUCGUUUACGGCUGUAGUGAACUCUUCAAUGCUACUCAGUUCAUCAAACAGCUCUCCCAACUCGGCCAAAAGUGACGGGGACGCCAACGACACCUGUGAACCUCUCUCUCUCUCUCCCUCUCUCCCUCUCCCUAUUGCUCACCCUCUCACUCUCUCUCUCCUCCCCCCUCCCCCUCUCUCUUUUCUCUUUAUUCCAGUUGUUUUAUAAAACUCUGUAAAUGGACUCAAACAUUUUCUGUCUUCACUGUAAUAAUUUUCUGUCUCUGAGCUCUAAUGAUAAUAAAACUAGAAUCUAACCU